AUGCCAUUAUUUGUUUUUAAUGCUGAAGAGUUCGUUGAACACAAUUCUAUUUUAGCGGAGAACAUACCAUUGCCCAAUUUUACUCGAAAGCAUCCUAAAAUUACUCUUGUUGUUCAAUUACCGACAAAUUUAGUGAUUGAAUGUGAAGCCAAAUUAUCGAAAACGAUCAGUUCAAUCCAAAAAUCUAUAUAUGAGCAAAUGGUUUCGCUUUACGGAGAGACAAAUGUUCGUUCAAUUAAGCAAUACAGAUUUGGUACUAUGAAAGGCGAAUACCCGUCGAAGAAAUUGAAAUUAUCCGAGUCACCGGAGAUAAUGAACGCUCUGAAACUUCAGCAACAGGAUUAUUCGAAUCCGCAAUUCAUUAUUAUUCAAGUAAAUACAGAAACAGAGUUUGUAAAGACCGCUAAGACAUAUACGAAUGACCUAGAACUCAAACCGAUUAUCGCUACCCCUGAAGUUUUGUCAUUUAAUUCGACUUACUCGGAAUUGAGGCAAAAUGCCGAGACAGCUAGGACAGAAAGGCUUGAAGCAGAUCCGUUACUCGCAAGAAUGCGUCUAAAUUCGAACGAACCUCCUUUAAUAACUUGCAGAAAGAAAAAUAUCCCAAUCAAAGUCGACAUGCGCGCAGUAGCAUUAUCAGAUGAAAACACAGCGACAUCUCUCGCGAUUCAAUUCGAUACUACAGCACAACAAGCCAUUCGAACUUUAUUUACAAAAAUGGUCGAGCACCAAGGUGUUUCUACCGACCUAAAUCCCGAUAAUUACGCACUUAUUUUACAAGGCACAGACGAAGUCGUUGCCGGUGACUUUGCGAUCCAAAAUUUCGUAUGUGUCAGGCAAUUUCUUCUUUCUGUGACUCCGUUCAUGAAUUUCCUUCUUGUCGACAAGAACAAACUCAUUUCCCAGAUCAGAGAGAAAGAAUUAAGCUACACAGCCCUUCCUGAAGUAACUGAUGAACAGAAAUACAAACCGAUCAUUUACAACGACACUUCCAAGCCCGGUAUUGACAUCAUGGGUGGAUUUCCACAUUUCUACGCCAAAGAGAACUUCUCAAUUAUCAUUGGCGGAUGUUUCAAUAUUCCAAGCGAUCUCGAAGCGAACAACUACAUUGUCAGAGUUGUUAUUUUGCAUGGCAGUAAUGAGAUCUCCGCUCCAAUGAUGACUAGACCUUCUUUAGGCUGUUCUUCCGUUGCAUGGAAUGAAGCAUUAAACAUUUCCAUCCAAAUCAUGCAACUACCACGUGCAGCACGUGUAGCCAUCACUCUCUUCAACUACGACAAGAUCGGUACAAACAAAGCUCCAAUAGCUACAUGCAAUGUCCCUGUUUUCAAUUUCGACGGAUGGUUCAAUUCCGGAGUUAAAUUCUGGUCGAUGUGGAAUGGAAAAGACACUGAUCCUUUGUUGACAACAUGUCAAUGCGAAGAAGAAUCUGCUGUCAGAGUUCUUUUCACCAUUCCUCAAUACAGAUAUCCAAUUGCACAUGUACAACAAGAGAUCAUGCAUCAAAGAGUUGUUUCUACUUCGCAAAGAGUUUCUUCACAAACGAAAAUCAUCGUUGAAGAGAUGCGUAAAAAGAAUUUCGAUUUACUGAAGAAACCAACAGAUGAAGCCAGAGCAAACUUAUAUAGAUAUCGAUAUGAUUUCAUUGAUAUUCCUAGUAUGUUACCUUUAGUUCUUUCUUCAAUUGAUUACACAGUAACAACACAAGUGAAUGAAAUCCCUGCUUUGUUACAAAGAUGGCAAAGACCUCCUCCUACAAUUGCUUUGAGUCUCUUGGAUUCACAGUACGCUGAUCAUAGAGUUAGAGAAUUCGCUGUUCGUUGUUUGGAAUCAUUAAGUGAUGAUGAAAUCAUGUUGUAUAUGUUACAAUUGAUACAAGCUUUGAAAUACGAAAUGUAUGAUGAUUCUCCACUUUGUAGAUUCUUGUUUAGAAGAGGUUUGAAUGAGCCAAAGUUCUUGGGACAUCAAUUGUUCUGGCAGUUGAUUUCUGAAGCUCAUAUCUCUCAUAUUCGCAGAAGAUUCUCCAGUUUCGUCGUCAAUUUCUUAUACGGAUCAGGAAUUUACAGAGAUGAACUGUUGAAAGGUUACAAAUUCACUCAAGAAUUAGUGAGAUUGAACCAUUCUUUGUGCAAAUUAUCUCACGCAGAAGCAACAGAACCUUUCAGAGAAGCACUCAAGAAAAUUGACCUUCCAAACGAGUUCCAUCUGCCUAUGGAUCCAAGAUUGGUCGUUGAUUCAUUCAUCGUUGAAAAAUGUAAAGUUAUGAAUUCAAAGAAAAAACCGUUUUGGCUUACAUUUCAUAAUGCAGCACCAUUUUCAACGGAACCAAUUCGUGUUUUGUUCAAAGUCGGUGAUGACUUGAGACAAGACCAAUUAACUCUACAAAUCAUGAGAGUUAUGGAACAUUUAUGGAGAAAGGAAGGAAUUGAUUUACACAUGAGAUGUUAUGCGGUUUUGCCAACAGGUUUCAAUCAAGGAUUCAUCGAAGUUGUUCCAAAUACUAUCACUGAACAAGCACUACAACAAGAGAGAGGAACAUUCAGUGGUAUUUGGGAUUCUUCAACAAUUUCUGAUUAUCUUUGCAAAGUAAACCAAACGGAACAAAACCAACAAGUCGCAAGAAGCAAUUUCAUGUAUUCUUCUGCCGGUUACGCUGUUGCAACAUGCGUUUUAGGUAUCGCUGAUAGACAUCCAGGAAAUAUUUUGUUACAAAAUGAUGGCCACUUUUUACAUAUUGAUUUUGGUCACUUUUUGGGCAAUUUCAAGACAAAAUUAGGAUACCAACGAGAAAAUGCACCAUUCCAUUUCUCUCCUGCAUGUGCAAAUGUUCUUGGUGAUGUUGAUGGAGAGAUGUUCAAGCAAUUUAGAGUUCUUUGCGGUCAGGCUUUCAACAUUUUGAGGCAUAACUCUAAAUUACUUGUUACUUUGCUGAUGUUGAUGUUGGGAACAGGAAUCCCUGAAUUACAAAAGGCAGAAGAUAUCAGAUACAUGACUGACAUGUUGAUGCUCAACAAAACUGAUUCGGAAGCAAAGAUUGAGUUCGACAAACUCACAAAUAAGUCUCUCGAAUCAACAAGGACUAAGCUUAAUAACUUAUUCCAUAAUAUUGCUGUUUCAGAUUAA